AUGUUAUUAGAAGAAAUUCCUUUUGAAAUGUAUUUGGAAAUAUUUAAAUAUCUUGAUGCAAUUAAUAUAUAUUAUGGAUUUUAUGAUCUCAAUAAAAGGAUAAAUUCAGUUUUAUCUCAAAUGCGUCUUUGUUUUAAUUAUAGCGAUAAGAGUAAUGAUCGUUUUGCAUCAAUUUUGGAUACAUUUGAACGGCAACAAGUCUAUUCGUUCACUCUAUCUAGCGGUGUUAUAGCUGUUUUCUAUUCCAUGUUCACAUUAAUACAGUUCAAUAAUUUACGAACAUUAAAAUUACUUGGAAUAACUAAUGAACAUUUAGAUCGUAUUGCAUCAGAAUUACUGAGAUUGAAGCAUUUAACACAGUUACAUGUUGAAACAUUGAUUCAAACUGAUGAAUCGUAUGAUUACAAUCGAAUAUUACAGAUUUCAACGUUGAAAAUUUGUUUAUUAAAGUUAUAUUCGAAAAAUCAUUUAUAUUUUUCAAUGCCAUUAUUAUUCAAUAGUUCAAUUGAAUGUUUAACAAUUUGUCUAAACUAUUUUGAUGAUCUCUAUAUAUUUUUGCAAUGUAUGCCAAAAUUAAAACGUUUAAUAGUAAAUGUGUAUACAACUGAAGAUGCGAAAGGGAUGAACAAUAACAAUAUUUCAGAAUUAACAGUGGCAAAUUUAGUUUAUUUUAAAUUGAUGAUAAAGGAUUAUAAUGUAGAUGUUCAAAUAUAUGAACCUUUAAAAGAAUUAUUGAUGCACUUGCCAAAAUUAGCUUAUUUUGAAUUGUUAAGCUUUUGUGCUAGUUUUCGGGAUGGUCAUUGGUGGAAAAAUGUACUUUGUAAAUUAUUACAUUUAAAAACCUUUAGUUGUGGUUUCAUGGUAUGGAAGCGGAAUCAACCAAGAAAUAUUCCACUAUUUGGUGAACAAUUUGUUGAAUCAUUUCAAACACCAUUUUGGUUAAACGAACGUAAAGAAUGGGGUAUACGUUGUGAAAAAACGCCAGGAUGUAUUUAUGUUUAUACUUCAAAAAGAUGUGUUUCAAUCACACAUGUUUGA